AUGAAGACAUCCAUGGGUUUAUCACCUUUUCAGUUGGUGUAUGGAAAAGCAUGUUAUCUGCCAGUGGAGAUGGAGCAUAGAGCUUUGUGGGCUCUGAAAUUUCUGAAUUUUGAUCCUCAUGAAACCCAGAAUAAACGCAGGAGGCAAAUACUAGAACUUGAAGAGAUGCGGUUGCAUGCCUAUGACUCCUCUAGGAGUUAUAAAGAAAAGGUUAAAUUCUAUCAUGACAGGAAGCUAAUAAAGAGGGUCUUCAAUCCAGGGCACCAGGUGUUAUUGUUUAAUUCAAGACUAAAGCUGUCUCUUGGAAAGUUGAAGUCAAAGUGCUCAAGGCCUUUCAUGGUGAAGAAUGUGCAUCCUCAUGGAGCAAUUGAAUUGGUGGAUCUAGUUGUUGGUGAUCCACAAAGAAGUUGGGUGGUGAACGGUCAAAGACUCAAGCACUACAUGGGAGGAGAAGUGGAACGUCUUUCCACAGUAAUGAAGUUGGUGGAUCCGUGA